AUGGAACAAAAUAUAUUUCCCUAUACUUUAGACCAUGCUUUACAAGUUAAUACAUAUAUAUCAUUAAUUGAUGAAGAUUUAUUAUAUGAUAUAUAUCAAUUUGGUAUAUUAACACCAUGGUCUCUAUUAACAACAUUUAUUUAUACAAAUACAAAAUAUUUUAAUUUAAAAACUGUUGAAUCACAUAUGGCUAUAGGAUUUGCAAAUUUUGGUCCUGAACAAAUAGGUGGUACAACUGACGUUCUUUAUUUACAUCCAAUUAGUGAACAAAUUCCUGAAAAUUCACUUUGGUUUUCACAUGAACCAUUAUCAUCAACAAUAAUCGAUCAAAUUCUUAAUCAUCUUAACCUUCUACCUGAUUUUUAUACUCAAACAAAACCGGUUGAAACAGGUCCAACAUCAUCAACUGGCCAAAUUAAUUCAGCAACAUCAAAACAUUAG